AAGCAGUCGCUCAGUUGUCAUCAUCGCUCUGGCGCUACGCACACUUCCAUUUGUUGCUGUCAUUUUAAUCUGUUUAAUCAGCAUACAACUGCCUAAAAGUUGUAAAAUCUUCAACAAAAUACUUAACAAAAGUGUAAACUUGAAUAAAAUGACAGCAAGCUUUGUGCCAGUGCCAGCGGGCAGCGAUUUUCCCUUGGAAAAUUUGCCAUAUGCUGUCUUCUCAACCAAAUCAAAAACGGUUCAUCGCCUGUGCGUCGCCAUUGGUGAGCACGUGUUGGAUCUAAAAGUUGUAUCGCAUUUGUUUGCAGUCCCGCUGCAGGCUGCCCUACAGGCUGAAACGCUUAACUUGCUGAUGAGCUUGGGCCACGAAGCUUGGGAUGCAGUAAGGACACGAACCCAGCAACUGCUACUCAAAGGCUCUGAAGUGGAACAGAAUGUGGACUUAAGAAGCGUUGCAAUUGUGCAUCAGUCGGAGAUUUCACUGCAUCUGCCGGCACAGAUCGGUGACUAUACGGACUUUUACUCCUCGAUUCAUCAUGCCACUAAUGUGGGCAUUAUGUUCCGAGGCGCCGCCAAUGCUCUCAUGCCCAAUUGGCGCCAUCUACCAGUGGGUUAUCAUGGACGCGCCAGCUCUGUUGUCGUCUCAGGCACUCCAAUACGCCGUCCCCUGGGUCAGACAUUGCCCGAGGGUGCCGAGAAGCCGAUCUUCGGUGCUUGCAAGCUUAUGGACUUUGAACUGGAAAUGGCCUUCUUCAUUGGCGGACCCGGCAAUAAGUUGGGCGAUCCCAUCAAGGUGGAUGAUGCCUGGCAGAAUGUGUUUGGCUUCACACUCAUGAACGACUGGAGCGCUCGUGACAUCCAGAAAUGGGAAUAUGUGCCGCUAGGUCCAUUUACAGCCAAGAAUAUGGGCACAACCAUAUCACCGUGGGUCGUGACGACGGCAGCGCUGAAGCCAUUUUUGCUGGACAAUUUCCCACAGGAACCGGAAGUGCUGCCAUAUUUGCGUCAGACUUUGCCCUUCAACUUUGACAUCAAUUUGGAAGUGUCCCUGAAGCCUGCCAAUGAUAAUGAGACGCUCAUUAGCAAGUCCAACUUUAAGCAUUUAUAUUGGACACCGCUGCAGCAGAUCGCACAUCAUUCGAUAACUGGCUGCAAUUUGCGUCCUGGUGAUUUGAUGGCAUCGGGCACGAUUAGUGGCGAGACGCCCGAUUCAUAUGGUUCCCUCUUGGAGCUGUGUUGGCGCGGCACUAAAACGGUGGAUUUGCAAGGCGGCAAAACGCGCAAAUUUCUCCAGGACUACGAUGAGGUCAUCAUACGCGGCCACUGCGAGAAGAAUGGUUUGCGCAUAGGAUUUGGCACUUGUGCCGGUCAAGUGCUGCCGGCUCACCCAAUCGAACAAUAAUAAAUAUAUGUUCGUUACUCAAUAAAGAAACCAUCCUGAACUGUA